AUGAGGUCGUCCAGAUCACAGCCACCUCCUGUCAGAGCACCACAGGAUCCUUACGUAUCUAAGAUGCAAACCAGGGUGCCAGUGAAAGAUGAUCCUUACGUAUCUAAGAUGCAAACCAGGGUGCCAGUGAAAGAUGAUGAACGGGACCCCUACCAGAAGGGCAGCGUCAAAUCCAUCGCGAAUCAGUUCCUGGCCAAGUCUGAUAUUAAUAACCCAGGACCAUCACAUGGACUGAAGAGACAACGACCAAGUCUCUUUGAGGAUGAGUAUCCUGACCAACAGCCUUACAGCAGACCAGGAGAGAUCUCACAACACAGUGCUGGGCCUCAGUGGAAACAGCGAAGAGAUGUGCUGCCAUUGCGAGCUUGUCCCAAGACAGUAAUAAUGCUUCCUUGGCCUGUUCCUGGGUCAUCUCAUUGCACACAGCAAUCGUUGAAGAAGAAGGAGUUCCCCUCACAGUUUGGAGGCAGUGACGUUUGCUAUUUUUGUGGCAAGCGAGUUUAUGUGAUGGAGCGUCUGAGUGCUGAAGGGAAGUUCUUUCACCGUGGCUGCUUCAAAUGUGCGCACUGUGGUGUAACACUCCGACUUGCCAGUUACGCCUAUAAUCCAGAAAAUGGAAAAUUCUACUGUAAGCCUCAUUAUCGACUGGCAGGGAGGGAGGCAAGAAAAAGAUCAGCAACUCCUCCAGCACAAGCCCAGGAGAAGGUUUCUCCUCCCCCGCUGCCAACCAUGAACCCGGUUGAAGCGCCGGACUCCAAGAUGCACUACACAGACGAAGCUGCAGUGGCGUUUACUGAUGCCCUGGCAGAGCCAUGCCAGGCAAAGCGAAUACGAAGCACUCCCGAGAGGAUUGAGUUGGAAAAUAUCCGGGUUUCACUGGAGCGUGAGGAAGAUCUCCAGGAGGUACCUGAGGAGACACUUGCAGAACACAACCUGAGCAGUGCAUUUCAGCAAAUCAGCCAGGAGCCAGACAGCAGUUGCAGCAGCUCUGAGUACGAGAUGGAAGAUGAGGAUGAGGAGGUGGAGGAAGAUGAAGAAAAUGCACUGGUUCCCUCAGACCUGGGUGGUGUCCCCUGGCUGGAAGCUGUGAGGAUUCAUCGGUUACUGAAGGGUGACCUGGAUGGAGACACUGAGCCUGAAGAUGAGGAGCAAUCUGAAUCGAGUUACGAGGGUGAGUACUGCCCCUGGGAAAGGGAGCUCCAGUUUGGGCUCUGGCUCCAUCACCUAUCUGAUGAAGAGGACAACCCUUCGUUCAGAGCAUCGGGUCUGCGGGUACGCCAGAUCCUCAGUCCCAUCGACCCUCUGGAAAUCAAAGCCGAUGUUCACUGGACCCACAUCACAGGCCAAGAAAGGGAAAACGCAGCAAGAUCUGCACCUCCUGAAGCCUCUGACGCUCCCCCAUUUCGGAACGAAGCAGUUCGAGCUUGGUUGGAUUCCGUGUCCAGAGAACAGCAGAUAGAGGUGGAAUUGAGCCCGGUUGAGGAUGACAACGUAGACGAUGAGGAGGAUGACGACGGAGCAGCGUUUGAGGACGAUAUCGCGUCAGACGCAGAGGCCGAGAACUUGAUGAUUUCUUACACAGAGGAGCUGGAGCAAUUAGUGCGGGAGAAGGAGGAAGCCUGUGGUGAGAUUGGUGCUCCAGGUGGAGUCAAAGCAGCACAGGGAGUGCCCUCAGCGAGCAGUUUGGAUCUUCAGUUACUGUCUAACAGGAUACCGAAAAACCAGCCUGAGCAGCAUCGUGACCUCCAGUCUCCCAGGGAUCCCUUUGUGAAACCACUCAACUCUGAAAGGAGAAUGAUGUCAUCACAGGAAGUGAGCAGCUCCCUCCCUGAACUCCCUGUCCAAUCACAACUUCAAUGUCACCCAGAAACCCCGUCACCUUGUUCGCCAGUGAAAUCUCAGCCGACUGUUUCCCCCCUGGCACAGAGCCCUGGCACUGCCCCAUCCUAUCCUUCUCCCCUGGCACAGAGCCCCACCACUGCCCCAUCCUCUAUUAUCUCUCCGACACAGAGCCCCAGUGGUGCUCCAUCCCCUGUGACUCCUCUGGCACAGAGCCCUGGUACUGCCCCAUCAGUUAUCUGCUGCCAACCGCUAACCUGUUCUGAAGUAACAAGUUCCAUCAUAGCUCAGUCACCAGUGAAAUCCCAGCCUGUGGGAAGUAUCCUCACAUCUACCCCACUCAUCAGCCUCGGCACGGAGUCACACAGCAAGGUGACAGAGAGACUGGCUGACCUGGGUGGAGACAAGCUCUCCCGCAAGGACCCUGUCGAUGAGUUCUGGCUGAGGAGUAUGGAGCUCAGGAGGAAUCUGGGGGUCAGCCCUGUAGACCGAGCCAGUGGCUCUGAAACUAGUUUCACCUUGUCCACCACUGGCUCAGCCUCUCCUCAAUCGUUCACACCAGACGAGAUGUUUGAGGAGCACCGGAGCCACCCAGCCAGUCCACCAGCCACCUCUCGUACACCGAGUGUAUCGGGCGUGGAGGAGCAGCCCCUGGCAGCCCUCAGCCCAAGCACCUCCACUGGACUGGAACCCAAGAGUUCAGAUGGUGCUCAGCGCGAUCUGAGCAGCACCUCGGGGCUUGGUCUGAACGGAAGCUUGAGCAACACCAGGACAGCGGCUAGUAUGAGUCUAAACAACUCGGACAGUAUGUUAACUCCACCAUCCAGCCCACCUCCUCCGCCUCCUGCUGACGAGGAGCCCGCAACCCUCCGACGGAGGAAGACCCGGGAGAGGAGGACGAGUGGGGCGGAGUGCAGCCCUGCGUUGGUCAGCAGUGAACAACUGGGGCCAGCCCAGCACACAGCAGGAGGCAGCCAGCCUGACAGUGUCAGGAAGUCCCUCGCAGACAGCAUUGAUGAGAUUCCCUUCGCUGAUGACGUGGAGGAUACGUACGAUGACCGCACACCCGAUACCAGCGUCCAGGAGCAAUUCUAUACACCCCCGAGCAGUCAGCCCAAACAGGAGAAACCCUCUCCCUUGCACUUAGCCCAGGCUGCAGUCUCAAAGCUAGCAACGCCAAAACAGAGACUCCUGACAUACAUCACACCAGAGGCCAAAGAGAUAGCCAAGGAAAGGAUGAGGGCUCGAGAGAAGUCUGUAAAGAGCCAGGUGCUCCGGGAUGCGAUGGAGAAACAGCUGAGGAAGAUGAAAGACAUGGAAAUGAACGAAGAUGCCCCGGGCCAGGCACGAAUGGGGUCAAGGCAGGCGAGAGGGCAGGAGGCAGCCAGGCCUGACACGACCUUCCCCUCGGGCGUCAGAUUAACCAAUGGUCACAAGCAGGAGAUGUUGGGAGACCGUGUCCUGAGCCCCACAGCCAUUCAGGAGGCCAUGGUUGAAGGGUCUGGUGCCUCCUCAGAGGACUCUGCUGGCAAAAUCAAGAAGAGGGCUUCUUUAUUUUCACCACGAAAGAGCAAAAAGGAGAAGAAAUCAAAGAGCGAUGGUAGGCAGUUUCAGAAGGCGAGCAGCCCAGCUGAGGAGGCCCCCAAAUCCAGAUCCCUCUGGAAAUCCGUCUUCUCCAGUUACAGGAAGGACAGGAAGAAGAAGGAGGAGACAGUGUGUCCCAGUACGCCGUCCAGCAGCAACACCAUCGACUCCAGCAGCAAACACACACGGGAUAUUCUCCGCACAGCUAAACCCUACACUGAGGAGGAGCUCAAUUCCAAGCUGACUCGGAGGGUGCAAAAAGCAGCUCGGAGACAGGCCAAGCAGGAGGAGCUGAAGAGACUGCACAGGGCACAGAUUAUUCAGCGACAGCUCGAGCAGGUAGAGGAGAAGCAGCGUCAGCUGGAGGAGAGAGGGGUGGCUGUCGAGAAAGCUCUUCGUGGAGAAGCAGGUAGCUGCCCCUUCUCUCUGUCUCUCUAUCUGUCCACAAAGGACCAGGCCAGGCUGCUUGCUGAACUGAUAAAAAACAUAUUAACAUCCCACUGGUUAACAAUGGACUGGAUGCUGGCAAUAUCCCUCCCAAUCGCAGUCAAUGUGGUGAAAUCAUUUUUUUUGCACAGUGCCCGGGAGCUGGAGUUGGAGGAUCGGCAGAGCCGGUUACAGCAGGAACUCCGUGAACGUAUGGCCAUAGAUGACAAUCUGAAGAGCAGUGAGGAGCUGUCAGAGGAGAAGCGGAUUCUGAAUGAGAUGCUGGAGGUGGUCGAGCAGCGAGAUUCCCUUGUGGCCCUGCUGGAGGAGCAGAGACUCCGGGAGAAGGAGGAAGACAAGGACCUGGAGGCUGUGAUGCUGAGCAAGAGCUACAACCUGAACUGGUCCUAAUGCAGCCUGCCCAAGGGGAGGGAAGGGGUGGGUGCAGGGAACGGGGCGGGGGAGAAUACUUUGACAGAAACAACGGAGAAUGGCAGAUGAGAGACUAUCCAAACAAAGCCUGAGGAAAGUCCUCAUGUAGCACCCAACUGCCUAUGGAGUGGCCCUGGCCAAUGAGCUGCCAGACGAAAAUGGCCUCAUUCAAAUAGCUGGUGUUGGUAACGACUACUGAGGACAGGCAGGAGGGGAAUUCCAGCCAGAUGGGUCAUGUGAGUAGCCUCAGCCAGACUCCAACAGUGAUCAAUGGGAGACCAGCUACUCCUUUCAAACAUUCAAACCAAUUGGGUCACAUUUUCUCAUUCAGCCAGGGAGUACAAAAAGGAAUGUAGGACAUGAGGCUGUCCAGUACAGAGAUGUUAAUGAAUUCUUCCAACAGGUAACCUGUUUGAAGUCAUGGUGGAAGUGAAAAAAAAAGAGAUUACUGCACUCUGCAAGUUAGGCAGAAUCCAUGGAGGGGAGAACAAACGGAAUCUUUGAAAUGUAUUUUAGAGAUCUAGCAGGCAAUGUA